AUGGGUCCCCCGGGAGUUGAGUGGCUUUGGUUUCUUCUUGAAGGAGCUAGGUCGAACCUUUGGGGAUACAGGUGUCCAGUGUACUGCGUGCAACCGGACCUGCCACUUAUCCUCCUUACCUUCCUCCUCGGCGCCCUCUCCGGCCCUCCUUCUUCGCUCCUCCUGCUCCGCAGCGCCCAAGGGGACCUGCCACUCAAUCCUCUAGCAGCCGCCUCGCUUUGUAUGGGCAGCGAGGGUGAUACUGAUAUCACUCAGAUUUCUUUGCAACUUCAAGGGCUCUCCAUCUCCAUUACCCGGAGCCGAGUCCCGGCUGCCUGGCUGCUGGCCUCCAAGGCCCUUCGUGCGUCCGGAGCCUCCGGAAGUGAGCGUGUCAAGCGGAUCUACAACAGCAAGCGGGACUACUUUAUCGCUGUCGACCAUCUGAGGCAGAGGACCACCCUGUCCCAGGCCUUCCCCUCUGAGCUCGAGUGCCGCGUCUACCUCGCUGGUGCCGUUGACAUCUUGGUGCUUGACCCCUCGGGCGACCCUGCCCUGGAGGAAUGCCACACGGGUCUGGUCGGGCCCUCUUUGGCCUUGACCUGGCAGGUGGCAGUGAGAGUCAUCGACUUCGACGCCACCCGUGCUCACCGCGAGUUCCUUGCCGAGACCAUCGCCUGCUUGGGUUCUGAUAGGAAUAGGCUAGCUGGUUCCGACCAUAAGGAUAACUGGGGUUCCCUCCUCUUCACCGUUGCCGGGGCCGAGGUGAACUCCGAGAUUCCUCUCGUUGACCAGGGAGCCAUCCUAGUUGGGGCUCCUCUCCAACGUCGGCUUGCGCUCUCCUAUGUGACGUUGAAGGCUGCCACCUACCCCGUCACCUCCGAGGAUCUGAUGUCCUCCUUGCUUGGCGGCUGGGUCUCAUUCAUCCAGUUUCGGCGAGCCGCCGACGAACUAAGUACCCUUGCGGCCUGCGCCCCCCUUCUUGCGAGCAACAUUGCGGUGCCUUACGACGACACUGUCUACUGUGCCGACGCCUCGCUUAAGAAGGGCGCUUUCUGCCGAGCAAAGGUUAGGGGUGAGGUUUCCGAGGCGCUCUGGCACGCCGGAGCAAAGAAGGGCUACUACACCCGGCUCUCGCACAGCCGCCGUGGCCCCCUGCACGGCACUGAAGGUCACCUGGACGAGUGUGCCCAGGAUGGUGCCCGGCGUCCCGACGUCCACCCCGACCUGACUAUGCAGAGGCCCCUCGGUCUUGACUACGACUUCAUUGAGGUGCUUUCGCCUUCGGGCCUCCUUUCCUCCGAGGUAUCAGGCAUCGGGCUCAGAGCCGGCCCCUGGGUGUCCUUUGCAAACAGCCGCGAGCUCGACCUCCUCGAGCCCCGUGUCGCAGAGUGGUUGGUCUACCUGAUCUCAAACCGCAGGCUGCGCAGCGUCUUUAUCCACCUGCCCGGUGGCUCGCUGAGCCGGGCCGCCAAGCCCCGUGUGAGAAGCCGGCUCUGUCCUUUCGGCUUUGCUCCCCGGCCUUCCUGGGGCGACCCGGUGCCCGGCUCUUCGCUUCCUCGUGCCUCCUUCCUCGGUGCUCACACUUGUGGGGCUCCUGCCGCCGUUUCGGGCCGUCCCGACUUUGCGAAACUCCCUGCCGGCCGUGCCCUCGCUCUUGCCUUCCGUGCUUGGCUCGAGGAUUCUGUGCUGCAGGCCACCACUGUCGACCCACAGCCAGGCUUGGAAUCCGUUAUCGUCGAUGACGUCCUUCUUACGGAAAAAUGGGAGGUCGGGGCCGCCUGGACUUGGGACGCCCGCAGACACAUCAACGUGCACGAGAGUGACUCUGCCCUCUGCGUGUAUAAGGACGCCACCCUCAGGGGCGGAGACAGGAGAUCCUCUUUCAUCUCCGACUCCUUUGUUGUUGUCGGCUCCCACCAAAAGGGAAGAUCGUCUGCUCGGCUUCUCCGCGCCCCCCUCAAGAAAGUCGGCUCUACUAUUCUUGCGGGGGGCCUGUACAUGAGCACUCUGUACGGCCCCACGAGGUGGAAUCCCUCCGACGAUCCGACGCGUGAUGCCCCUCUGAGAGCACCCGCUGGUCUUUCGCUUUGUGCCGGGCUCUCUCGCGAGGACCUCCGGUCCCUCAGCAGCUUGGGCCAUCUUUCGCGCCCUCGCGCGGGUUGGGCUAGACUUGCCCUCCUCCUCUACACCGUGGCUUUCGACUCGCCAACAAAACUUGUCGACGCCCUCCGGGCUUUCCCUUCGGGCUCGAGGUUUGCGGCCCUCGCCGAAGUUUCUCCUUACACGCCGCUCUGCCACCGGGAAUUUGACUCCUCUUUGGGAUUCCCUGGUGAAGGCCCUCCUUUCCGCGCCCUUGGGAUGCUUACCCCUCGGAACGCCGAUGACCUUCGUCGCCUCGACCGCCGCCUCAAUCCUCUUCCCUCUGGCCGUCCGGUCACCGGCGCUCCCCUCGCAACUCUGCUCGAGAGGAAACCCUUCGACACCGAGACCUUCGUCGACUUACUUGUCGCUUUUGGGAGGGACCUUUAUAACAGCGGCCGGCCUUACUGGCACUUUUCUGAGACGAUCAACGCGCUGACUGCUGCAAAGCCGUGCAUCCGGAGGUCUUGCCAAGCAGCGUGGGAUCUGGCUUUUACCUGGCUAUCAGAAGAACCAUCCUCCCACCACAUUGCGAUGCCGCCUCUGGUGCUGAUGGCGAUUAUUGCGACCUGCCUAGCCUGGGGCUGGGUAAGAGAAGCUGGCAUUUUCGCUUUGGCUUGGGGUGCCCUCCUGAGAAUCUCUGAGGCUACGUGCGCCACCAGGGGAAACCUUGUUUUCCCCCGCGACGCCCUCAACAUGCAGUCUUUUAUUCUGGUCAGGAUCGAUCAACCGAAGACCCGCGGCCGUGCCGCGAAGCAUCAGGCUGCGAAGCUGGAACAAAGCGACCUGGCUCCCUUCGUCCCGGAGGAGCGACUCACCUCCUUCAACUUACCGAAGAUUCUGAGCUGGUUCGCAGGCGUUAUGGAGAUAUAUCUGCAAGAAGUGGCUGCCUCGACCUUUGUCGCCGACCUCUCCGACAAGGCCCGUGAGAACGUUUACCAACUGGCGCAGCACUUCCCACGCAUGCUCAACCAGGCACAGGGCGAGUUCUGGCCGCGCGAGAGCGUGAAGACGGUGCGCUUCUCGACGAAGACCGGCGACCCGAGCCGGGAGUUCUCUCUCUUCGGAGAGAGGCAGGCGGUGAAGCACCGGGCCCUCUUCGUCUGGCUCUGGGAGGUCGCGCCGGUCUUCACGGCCUGGCUCUCCUUUAUCCUGAACCCGCUCUCCGUCACACUGGUCCUCUCUGCGGGGCUCACGAUGGCUUUGUGGUUCGCAUUCCCUUGGGAUGGCUCUCGCUACGUGAUGUCGCAGGCCGCUAACGCGGAGGCUUUGUAUUGGGCCUUGCCGCUUGCAGCGCUCAGCCUCAUUUCCUCGCUGGGAACGUCCUGGUGGCUCAGACUCGGGGGCGAGCAUGUGGCCAAGGACGAUGUCUACUCGUCGAUCCGCCCGCAUGCGGCCGCAGUCAGCCGCUGGUGGUUUCAGCGGCCGAUGAACGGCAUCUUUUUUGGCCUUUUCGGGCUCUGGUGCAUAUUCGUCCUCAUCGUGGCUCCGCUGCUAGCCGUGCAGGGCCGCCGAACGUCCACUUGCCAGGUGGGAGGCUGCGAGAGCACGCUUGGAGUUGUGGACGGCACAUGUGGUGUCAACGGCUGCGGCUGUGGGGACUGGGCCGACCUGUCUUGUAGUGCUGCCUCGACACUGAGCACCUACUGCCCGGUGGGAGAUUCGCCGCUUUGCUCCGAGGACUCUUCAAAGGCCUCUGGCGCCCACGGACUUCUGCUGACCGUCGCGGGCGGCACCGUGCUCACGACCUUUCUGCUGCUUCUCAUUUGGGCGAUCAACCACGUGGCGAUCAUCCUCGCCUGGAAGAGGGGGGAGUCAGAUCCUUCACCGGCGCUCAAAGCGGAGCCAGUCCCUUACCACAAGGUGACCUUGACCUUCGACCCCCCGCAUCGCGGUCCCGUGGUCUUCACGGUCGGUGCAGAUGAGGACGUUCAGGAGCUUACUCGUCUCCUGCUCCCCGAGGCUUUCGCGAGUCCGCUGGUUCCCACCUGGGCACAGCCGCCUGCGGCGGAGCUCUGGGGCGGCGACGAGGACCCGUCCACGCUCCUCGCGAACCCAUCGACGAUGGCAGCGCCCGAGGAUCUCCAGUGGGAUUGA